UAUUUUUUAUUAUUCUUCUUCUUAUUUUCUCUCGUUUUAUUUACACGAAUUAACUAUUAUUGCUUUUUUAUUGUCAUGUCAGAAUUAUACAAUUUACACCCAAAAGAAGAACAUGAAGACAAGUCCUUUGGUUAUCAACUUGAUAGUGAAAUAGAAGCAAGAAAGGAACCAGUUCAAGAUUUACCUGGUGGAGUACGCUAUGUGGCUGAUACAAGACGCACUUCACAAGAUCACGUUUCUCAAGAUGGCACAAAGGGUGAACAUGAACGAAGAGCAAGUUUUGGUGAUGUUUUGGAAGACACAAGGUGUGAUAUUCGAACUCGAGGUUAUCUUCCUAUUGAAAACUAUGGCUUCAUUGGAAACUUACGUACUGUGGCACUUGCUGGUACGGAUGGUUCUAUUGAUUUCUUUUGUUAUCCAAAAUUCGAUAGUCCCUCUAUCUUUUGUCGUUUGUUGGAUAAGGACAAAGGUGGUCAUUUCUCUAUUACUCCGAAAAUGUAUACAAGCAACAAACAACAAUAUCUUCCCAAUAGCAACAUAUUGACAACAAGGUUCAUGUCCAAUGAUGGUGUGGCCGAAAUCACUGAUUAUAUGCAUAUUCCUGAAAAGAACCAACGACUAACAAAGAAGCCUCUUUUACCUUGGGUCAUUCGAUCUGUACGUGUGAUUCGUGGCACUGUGGAUUUCAAAAUGGAAUGUUACCCUUCUUUCAACUAUGGUCAAUCUAGUCAUACUGCUCAAGUGGUGUCACACGAUGCUAAACCUAUGGCCGAACAUAUUAAUCAAGAUGCUCGUUUUGACGAUGAUGGUGAAGUAUGUCAAAGUGAAACAAAAACCGAAUCAUCUCCUCAGUCUGUGGUGUUUAUCCCUGAUGAUCCAGGUUUCCAAAGUUGUUGUUCCAAUGAACCCGAUAACAAGCCUUCGUUUGAUCUACGAUUCCUUACCAAAUGUGGUGAUUAUGAAUGUCCUUUGAUCAAGCUCCAUUUGGAUGAAGACGCAAGUGAAUUGGGAUUCAAGGGUCCAGGUGUUGUCUCGAAAUUCACUUUGGAAGAAAGUCAAGAAGUUACUUUUGUAUUUCGUGAAAUUCCUCCUGUUGCUAUUCCUGACAGUGACACUCAACUUGAAGCUGGUCGUCCAGCUUAUGAUCCAAUCUUGAGUGGUAAUCUGAUUGAUGCGUUGUUCCGACAAACUGCAAAAUAUUGGCAAGGAUGGGUCGCCUCUAGUACAUACAAUGGUCGUUGGAGAGAACAUGUUAUGCGAUCUGCAUUGACUUUGAAACUAUUAACUUAUGAACCAACUGGUGCUGUGGUUGCUGCCCCGACAUUUGGUUUACCUGAAGCUAUUGGAGGAUCAAGAAAUUGGGAUUAUCGAUAUGUCUGGAUUCGAGAUUCAUCUUUUACUAUUUAUGCCUUCCUUCGACUUGGAUUUACAGAAGAAGCCAGGAAAUAUUUGGAAUUUAUUGAAGAACGGUGCAAUGACCUGAAUGAAGAUGGAUCUCUAAAUAUUAUGUACAGCAUUGAUGGAACCAAGGAACUGGACGAAUAUGAACUGGAUCACUUUGAAGGAUAUCGAUCAUCAAGACCGGUACGUGUUGGAAAUGGUGCUUAUGGACAUUUACAAUUGGAUAUUUAUGGUGAAUUAAUGGAUGGGAUCUAUUUGUAUAACAAAUAUGGAUCUCCUGUUUCUUACGAUAUUUGGUGUAUUGUCCGUAAACUGGCAAACUAUGUGGUUGAUCAUUGGAAGUUACCUGAUAUGUCUAUCUGGGAAGUUCGUGCCUCAAAACAACGUUUUACUUACUCUAUGAUCAUGUGUUGGGUAGCAUUGGACAGAGCUAUUCGAUUGGCAAUGAAACGUCAAUUCCCUUGCUUUGAACGAGACACUUGGACUAACACUAGGGAUACCAUUUACGAAACAAUACAAAACUUAUGUUACAACAAGAAACUCAAGAUGUAUUCGCAAAGUAUUGAAACACCUGAUGCCUUGGACGCAAGCUGUUUGAUUAUGCCAUUGGUCUUUUUUAGUUCACCUACUGACCCUCGAAUGUUAAAUACCAUUCAACGUAUGCUAUUACCCCCUGAAAAAGGUGGUUUGGUGACAAAUGAUCUUGUAUUUCGAUACAACUUCUUGACAACGGAUGAUGGUGUUGGAGGUGAAGAAGGGGCUUUCUCAAUGUGUACAUUCUGGUUGGUGGAAGCUUUAGCGCGUGCGGGUAGAUUUGAUCGAAAAUUACUGUUACGUGCAUCUGUCAUGUUUGAACGUAUGCUUUCUUAUGGUAAUCAUUUGGGAUUAUUUAGUGAAGAGGUGGCUCGUAGUGGUGAACUAUUAGGCAACUUCCCUCAAGCAUUCACACAUAUUGCAUUUAUUAGUGCUGCCUAUAACUUGGACCGUGCCUUACAUUAGUUAUUUUAUUAUUAUCUCCAUAUAUUUAUUUAGUUAUGUUAUUUAGCAAACAAUUACAUAGUAUUUUGAAAUAAUAAUAAUAAUAAAAAAAAAAGAAAAGAUAACGG